AUGAACAAACAAGAAGGUAAGUUCUGUAAACAAAAAAAUGCUGGUGCAGCUCUGCAUUCUGAGGCAAAUGCCGUUCUGUCUUCACCUGUCAUUGCUGCCUUCAAAGUCUUCCAGAUGGAGCUUGACACCAAGCAUGACAAAUAUGAGCGUCUUGUUAAGCUCAGUAGAGAUGUCACCAUCGAGAGCAAGAGGACAAUAUUUCUUUUACACAGAGUGACAAGUGUUCCAGAUGCAGAAGCCAUAUUGAAUGAGGCAGAUGUGAAACUGGAUGGAGUGAGACAGAAAAUUCAUCAGAUUGCGGAGGAGCUUAGAGGAGAGGACAUCUAUCAAUUUCACAGAGCAUUUACUGCAGGAAUUCAGGAGUUUGUGGAGGCCGCAUCCUUUCAGCACUACAUCCGUCAUCGCAACCUCAUCAGUCUGAAGGAGAUCAAUGCUAGGCUUGUGUUCAGGACAGAGGAUAAGGGCUCUGCUGACACUCUUUCGACAGAAUCUCAGGUUCUGACGUUUCAAGUGAUGCCCGCAGACUACCUGCUGGGUGUGGCUGACCUGACAGGGGAGCUGAUGCGCUUGUGUAUUAGUAGCGUGGGCAACGGUGAUAUGGACACACCCUUCCAGCUGAGCCAAUUCUUGCGCCAGAUCCAUGAUGGUUUCUCCUUCAUCGGAAACACAGGUCCUUAUGAGGUGUCCAAGAAGCUGCACACGCUGCGUCAGAGUCUGGGCAAAGUUGAGGACGCCUGCUAUACCUUGCGUGUUCGUGGUUCUGAAAUCCCCAAACAUAUGCUGGCAGAUCUCUUCUCUAGCCGGAACACUCACAUGGACCCUGAAGAAGCUGUGGUUUAA